GUAUUCAGGAAUCUCCUAUACCAAAUGGCCAUUCGCUUGCGGGUCGAGACUUCCUUCGGAAACAAAUGCGGGGAGAUCUUUUCACUCAGCAACAAUUAGAAGUCUUGGAUCGAGUUUUUGAAAGACAGCAUUAUUCUGACAUUUUUACGACAACCGAACCCAUCAAACCAGAGCAGUGGUGCUCCAUGCUGAUGAGACAAUACUUGGUGCAACCCCAGGCAGUCAUUUUUCAGUCAACAGAAUAUUCAGCCAUGACAUCACUAGCUGGUGGAUUAGAUGAUAUGAAGGCCAAUUUAACAAGCCCUACAUCAACAGAUAUAGGUGCCAGUGUUCCAGGACCACAAUCAUAUCCUAUUGUGACAGGUCGUGAUUUGGCAAGCACGACCCUCCCUGGAUACCCUCCACACGUCCCCCCUGCUGGACAGGGCAGCUAUUCUGCUCCGACGCUGACAGGGAUGGUGCCUG